CAGAACUGCCAGAUUGAGGAAAUUGACGACAACGGGCUCUUGCGGGCAAUACGACUGUAUAAAGCUAAAGAAAACGGUAAGCUGAUCUUCAGCUACCACUUUUGGUUCCUCACUGUCACGCCUCUCAACAGAAGACCUCUACGCUGACUUCUCAACCUGUUUGUUAAAGAACUGGAUUUCCAUCGGCCAAAGAGAUGAAGAGUUUCUUAGUCUUCUUCCUACUACUGGUACCCAUGCAUGCUGGAUCUACGUGGAGCGGGAAAUAUGCAGUGGACUGCCCCGAGCCUUGUGAGAGCUCUGAAUGUAAGAACCCUCUGCAUUGUAAGCGGACAAUCCUAGAUGACUGUGGUUGUUGCAGGGUAUGUGCUGCAGCCUUGGGGGAGACUUGCUACCGGACAGUCUCGGGUAUGGAUGGAGUCAAAUGCGGCCCUGGACUGAAGUGCCAGUUUUAUUCCGAAGAAGACGACUUUGGUGAUGAGUUUGGUAUCUGCAAAGAAUGUCCUUAUGGCACCUAUGGACUAGAAUGCAGACGAACAUGCAACUGUCAGUCUGGAAUAUGUGACCGAGUGACUGGAAAGUGUUUAAAGUUUUCAUUUUUCCAACUGGCGGCAUCAAAACCUCCUAGUAGACGAAAAUUAAUUUCACGUACAGAGAAUGACAUGGCAUCUGGAGAUGGAAAUUCUGUAAAAGACGACAUUGCCAAAGAGAAAGCCGUACACUCACAAAUGAUAAAAUGGCUAAAUCCUCGUUGAUAUCAGGCUGCAUAGGCAGGACUUUCAAACUGUUUCUUUCUUCAGAACUGUUGGAUGUUCACAGAUCACUUUAAGAAAGGUAGAUCUCCAGCAA